AUGACUCUAAUUUCAUCAAUUUCAAAACUUGGAUCUUUCAAAGGUCAAUCUUCAAAUAAUCACCAAUUAUUUUCAAAUCAAAUUGGUAGCACUUUAAACCAAUCUAAUAAUGAUGUUGAACUACUUAGAUUGAAGGGCUUAAUUAGAUUAAAUCUUGGAUCUACUUUAAACUCCAAUAUUUAUUUAAAUCUAGAUCUCUAG